UUUUAGAUCUGUAGCUUUUCUCAUAAAAAGUUUUGGGUUAUUUUAGAUUUUUUUUACACAGAACGGACUUUUUACCGCCAUGUACCCAACCCUAUGCAUAUAAAUAAAUUACAAAAAAUCCUUUAAAUUUCUAUUUUUUAAAAGUCAAAAAUGUUCACGGUGAUAAUGUUAAUAUUGAGAGUGCUAGGGCAAAACAACGAGAGGAGAGGGGGUGCCUAACGCCCACUCCCCCCAAGCCUGUUUAGGGCUAAGUUAUUAUCGGUCAUAAAAUACAAACAAAAAACAGACAUUCAGACAUUACUACUUUAUAGAAACUUUGACUUUACAUUAACUGGAUUGUUGUUUAUCCAGGAAAUUAAAAAAUAAACUCUUAACAUGGUGGUUUGAUCUUCCUUAGAUUCAUCCGAGUCAAACUAAGCUAGAAGCGAAGGAAGAAAAUGAUGAAAAAAGUGUGAUGUAAUGGUAAAAAGAGUGAUAAGCCAGCGGAAAAUGCCUGUUGUUGAUGUGUGUGUUGUUGUUGUUGGGGAUCCUGGAGUAGGGAAAUCUCAACUAAUAAACCGGUUUCUCAACAACCAGUUCUCACAGGAGUAUACGGUCUGGGGUACAAGAGAGUUCAAGAAAACUGCCAUAGUUGGAUGUAGUCUUAUACGAUAUCGAAUACUAGAUACUAGUGGAGGGCUGGAGUACAAUUCUAGUAGAUAUCCACUUGCAGACGUGUUUAUAAUCUGCUACAGGCGUACUGCAGCCCAAAACGCUGGGCUACAAACCAAAAUAAACAAACUACGACAGUACAACAGAGCAGCAUUUAUAAUUCUUGCAGCUUGUCAGGUUGACCGUUCGGAGGGAGCAGCUAGCAAGCCUGUUACCUCAGAGGAUGCUGUUAUGUUUGUUGAGACCUCGGCAAAGUUUUCACAGAAGUCAGUUCUCAUUGCUUUUGAGGUUGCUGCCAUGGCCUGUCUAACCCAUACACAGAACAAUAAUGAAGAAUAUACUUGUUCUAAGCAGGUUCAGUUGAAAGGAAAAAUAUCCGUGGCAGAUAUCCAUGCUUCAUAUAUUCAAGAUCGUAUUGAAGAAACAUCUGAAAAAUCUGAAGAUGACGAAAACGCAAUCUAUACAGCAAUCCCCUAUAUAAACUCGGACAGGGAUUCCUACACUACAAAAAAAUCUUCUUUAUCCAGAGUAUCCAUGGCCUCCUCCGUCAAGUCAAUUUCAUCAUCUGAAAUAUGUUCAUCUGAAAAUUCAGAAGAUAAAUCCUCAGUGAUUUCAAUGAAAUGUUCAUCAACGACCCCAACACCACAAUCUACUAUAUCUUCAACCUCAUCUCUACCAAUCAUUGUAAUUCAAGAGUUUGAGGACAAGGAAAACCUGGGUGCUAAUGAUAUUGCUCAAUCUGCACUUGAAGCAGAUCUUGAAAGAGAAUUUGAUCUUGGAGUACAUCAUGGAGGAUCAUUGAGACCUGUAACAGGAACUUCAGCCAAACAAUAUUCAAGGGUUAAAACAUCCAGAGGGAUAAAUGUGUCAUAUACAGAUUCUGGAGUUAUGUACACUCAAAUUGAAAGAAAAGGGUGUUUGAAAAACUUGCAAGAUACGUCUGAGUCCAGGAACCAAGGAUUAUAUGGUGGGCUUGCAGGGAGAUCAACCAAGGAGAAUACUAAUAAAUGGAUGAGAGCGAGCAACUAUGAGCUGGAUUCAAUUCAGGUUGUUGAAGAGGAUAUGAACGGUCUUCGAUCCCGUAGUUUUCCUUGUCUUCAUGUCUCAGACUCAGAACAAGUUCUCAAACCAAAGAAAUCUCUGAGAUUACAAGAUAAAAAUUUGAGACUGUCCGGUCAUUUCUCAUCUCUGUCUUCUCUGACCUCAAUAGUUUCUUCACAUAGAGGACGACGGCAAGAAAAGGGUGUUGAAAAAACAGUAAAGAUACUGUGUGAAAGGAUGACUGAACAGCGUAUACUAGAAGAGGUGGAGAUCGAGAUACCUGAACUCAUAUUUAAGGAAUUCAAUCUAGGCCAACGAUCAAAUUGUCGAGAGCAGAAAAUAGAAGAAAAAAGGUUACCUGGAGAAUUAAAGAAUAUAAUUAAAUUCUUCCUAAAACCUCGAUGUAAACAAUCCUCUUCAAGAUCAGAGCAAAGAACUUGUUUGUAGGAGAGAACAUGGAUUAAAAUUAAUUAAUGAAAAGAAAACAAAUGACACCCAAAUCUAUUCUAGACAUGCGGAAAAGGUCAAAUUUGUGCAGAAUUACUGUUACAACUUUGCCACCUCGAGACUCAUCUACUUCUGAUUUUACGCUUGUAAAUAAAUUAGAAUGCAUUAAAGUAAAUAAAUUGCUUGAUUCUUGCUA